AUGCUAUAUAUACAAGUCGUGUGUCAUCGACAUCCCGUCGUAAAUGCCGGCUCGGCUCAUCCUGCUCCUGCAUGCAAGAAACGCGUGAUAACCGAUGGAGGCUUCCACAUUGGAAUAAGGAUUCGCGGUGGCGUCGCCCUGUCGUCGAUAUCGAGCGAGUUCACGACGCGCGCGUCGCGUCGCGCCGAUUCUCCUUCUCCCCGCGUUCUCCUCGCUUCAUCCACUAUCCCGGUGGCUCUAAUAGACCUCACCUCCAACGAACGCCCAGUAAAGCGCGAGAGCUCGAUGAAGGUGUGUCGUACAGAGUAAUACUUUGACAGAGGCAUCGGCGAUAAUCUAUUAAAGAAAAAAAAGCGAAAAUAGAUAUUGGGAGCAGAAGGAUCCUUAGAGAUCUCCUUCGGCAACAUCCAGCAAUAAAUCCAGCAUCGAACGCUAUUAAGAAACCGAGAUAAAAACGCGAUAAAGAGAAACGAUAAGGACCGGUCCCGGAAGGACAGAGGUCGAGACGAGGGUGGAAGGCGAAGGAGUGCGAGUAAAGGACGAGGACGACGAAGCGUGGAAGGAUAGCAGUUGCGUAAGGCGCGAACGGCGGUGGUUGCAUUGAAAAGUAGCGGCGUGGUGUCAUGAGAGGCGGUCUCACGAUCCGCCCUUCUUAUCGGUCCCUCCAAGAGUCAUGCAUGUCGCGCCCCUCAAACGAGCUACCGUGGGACAUGAUCCGCAGACGAGCAAUGGCAGUCAGCCGCAGCUGCAACAGCAGCAGUUACAAUCCGGAGGUUGGCUGGGGGGCGGUGUCGGUGACACUGGCAGCGGACUGGUCUGCCGAUCAUCGUCAGGCAAAUCGAUCAACGGCAGCGGCAAGCCGUCGUUAUGUCAUCAUCCUCAACAACAGCAACAGCAACAACAACAAGGCAAAUCUGGGGGUGUGGGGGAUGACGAAGACGGGGGUGGAGGGAGCGGAGGGCUGGAGGGGACGGACGCAGAGGCGAACGACGCUGUUCACCUCAAGAGACGGGUGGGACUCGUCAGUGGGGUGGCUCUAAUCGUCGGCACGAUGAUCGGCUCCGGGAUCUUCGUAUCGCCGUCGGGUCUGCUGCUGCGUACUGGCAGCGUCGGCGUCAGUUUUGUCGUGUGGACCGCGUGCGGUCUGCUGAGUCUGUGCGGCGCCCUCGCCUAUGCCGAACUGGGUACCAUGAACACGAGCAGCGGUGCCGAGUACGCGUACUUCAUGGACGCGUUCGGCGCUCCGCCUGCCUUCCUCUUCUCCUGGGUAUCCACCCUGGUGCUCAAACCAUCGCAAAUGGCGAUUAUCUGCCUGUCAUUCGCCCAGUACACUGUCGAAGCAUUCACCGUCGAUUGCGAACCACCCAGUGAAGUGGUCAAGGUCGUCGCCUUGCUAGCAAUCGUCUUGAUUCUCUUGAUCAAUUGCUACAGCGUCAAUUUGGCCACUGGAGUACAGAACGCCUUCACCGCCGCCAAAUUAAUGGCGAUACUCGUAGUAAUUGUCGGCGGUUCGUACAAAUUGAUACAGGGUAACACGCAGCAUCUGCAAGCGGCAUUCGAUACUAUCGACGGCACCACUAUCAAUUUUGGCCGCCUCGCCACCGCUUUCUACACCGGCCUUUGGGCCUACGAUGGCUGGAACAAUCUCAAUUAUGUAACAGAAGAAAUCAAAAAUCCUUCCAAGAAUCUGCCUAGGUCCAUUAUGAUCGGCAUACCACUCGUCACGCUUUGUUAUGCGCUGAUCAACGUAUCUUACCUGGCAGCCAUGUCGCCAUCGGAAAUGAUCGAGAGCGAGGCUGUAGCAGUGACGUUCGGCAAUCGGGUACUGGGCGUGAUGGCGUGGUUGAUGCCGCUUUCCGUAGCGAUUAGCACAUUCGGAUCCGCUAAUGGCACUCUAUUCGCCGCGGGUAGGCUCUGCUUUGCUGCAUCACGAGAGGGUCACCUUCUCGACUGCUUGAGCUACGUACACGUGCGACGUUUUACUCCUGCUCCAGGCCUCAUCUUCCAUUCCCUCGUAGCAGGCGCGAUGGUUCUCUCUGGCAAUAUCGACUCGUUGAUUGAUUUCUUCUCAUUCACUGCAUGGAUAUUCUAUGGCGGCUCAAUGCUCGCUCUACUGGUGAUGCGGAAGACCAGACCGAACCAUCCGCGACCGUACAAAUGCCCGCUAGUGAUACCUGUGCUUGUGCUCAUCAUCUCUGCAUAUCUCAUAGUGGCGCCGAUUAUCGAUAAGCCGCAGAUCGAGUACCUGUACGCGGCCGGCUUCAUCAGCGCAGGCAUGCUCGUCUACCUCCCGUUCGUAAAGUUUGGAUAUGUGCCCAAAUUCAUGGGUAAGUAUACGCCACUAUACAGUGUUAAAAUAAGUCCGAGCUGCAGAAUUCAUAGAUGCCCAGACAUUUCACAGUGUAGAAUAAUCGUUAUUAUCUGAUUAUAAAUUGAAAUAAACCUUUAGAAAAAAUAGAAAUAUAUUGGAUUCUCUCAAAAACAUACCUCUAAAAAGCAUAUUGCAUUCCUCAUAUACAAUAAGUCACUCCUGAGUAACAUGAAUAGAGAUAAUAAUCCAAUCAUGCAAUAUGUAAAGCUAUAAACGUAAUACUCUCUUUCAGCGAUACAGAAAGGAAAUAUCUUCUAUGGUCCUGAACUUAACAAAAAUGAGAGUAACUCACUAACAAAGCUCCAUACAGUCUAUUCUUGAGAGAUUUCAGCAUAUAUUUGUCAAUAAUUAAAAUUCCAAUCUCAAAUUUUAGAUGUAAAGGUUUAAAAUUAAACUUGA